AGAAAGCAUUGACCGCGUUCGUGAAGGCACGAUCGAGUCAAUCGCGCUUUGGCUUGGGGCACGCGCGGCCCAGAACCGUGUGAUUACGAAUUUCCAGGACGAAUUCGACCCAGGCGACAUUCAAAGUGUUUGCGAGGGAACCGCGAAAAAAUAAGUACCGCCAAACAACAACAGAAGAAAAAAAAAACACGUGUACCGACCUAGGGACGUGCGAGCGAGAAUUUAUGUUGGGAGUGAUCGGGUGAAGUGAAGUGGUGUGCUUGGACUGUGGAGUGACCCGACGAUUGACGGUGGACGCGAUUCGGCAUGCGAAUAAGGAAUGGCAUUGGAGGCGACAUGUGUUCACCUCAUCUCGUCCGUUCCGCAAUUAUUGUGAUGAUCCUCACUCUAAUACCGUUUCACGCAGCAAGAAUGGGAGGCCGACGAUUACUCGCAGUUGCUGAUGAACAAGAUCCAGAAAUAGAAGAGGUGCAAGUUUCAGAAACAAGCGCCAGGUAUUUUUUUGUCAAUCAAAGGUGUGAUGUCAGGAAAAUGGCAAAACGUUCUGACGAGAGCACCAAGCAACAAAUAUCUACACGCAAUGCGGGCUCACCAGUGGUCAUCUUCCAAGCCAAGCUCGGUCCGCAUUACAGCAGCCGCACGACCAGCAUUCCGCCAAAAAAAGCGCCAAAAUACGGGUACUUGUCGGCAGCGCUCAACGAAACAAUGAAGGCACUCAUCGACACUGCGCUUCUCAACACUGCCGACGACCAUACCGUCAGGGUCGUCACUCGACCCACCAAACGUGGGGCCGAAUUUAACGUCUCACAAUUGGAUGUACUGUCCAGACAUAAAAAUAAGUUGAAAAAUGAACUGGUCUCCGAGCUGGACACAGUGAUUCACGAAGCCAUCGAUGACGUCAUCGGGAAUAUGGAGAAACAGGAACUGAAAUCGAAUUCGAAAGCGAUCGGAAGUGGGAGCAGGUGGACUACGAAAUCGUACCCCAUCAUAGAGCAGACGAACACGAAGCUGACAGCGUCUACGACUCGUUUUUCAGCAAGCGGAGAAACUCCGGACGACGUUCUAACAGCAACCUCAGACGAGGCGGAAUCCCGAAAAACCAGCGAGGCCAAAACAAUCACAGCCGAGGUGGAAUCCAGAAAAUCCAGCGAAGCCAAAACAAUCACAGCCCCGUUAGUGUCCCGUAACUUCAACAACAACCGAUUCACCUUCAUGAACAUCAACUUGCCGGAAUCCCACGCAUUAACGACGUCACGCAUCAAUCACUCAUCGCCGUCGUACAAAGUUCAGGAAUCCGCUGUAGAGAAGAAGCGAUUCUUGCACGGGGAACCCCUUCACCAACGGAUAGCCCCUUGGAAAUCCACCCCGCGAAUCACGCCUCGAAAGUGGAUAUCCCGGAAAAUUCCCCUGACGACCCCGAAAUGGCGCACAGUGACGCUCCAAACAACCCCCACGACGAUAACCAGGAGAGGAUCCAAAGCUACGCUCAACAUAAUAAAGAUCCCUUCAACGAUCGUCAAAAAACACACGACCCACGCGAUACCUCGGACGAAACCCGUGUUUCGCACGCUUCAGUCCUUCACCACUCGAGCGAAUCGUAUCCCCCAGGAUUACGACAAGUGCAAAAUGCGCUUGUUUCGGCCCAAGUCGGGUCCACCCGGUGUGGCAAUUAAAAUUCACAAAGACCCCAAAAUGUACGCAACUGUGGACAUCAUCAUUCCGGAAAAGGGAAUCACAGAAAGCGCUCAUCGACACAACGGUCCAACGUGGAUCCUAUGCCCAAACACUGACGCAGGAGUCCCAGCAGGAACGACUUGCGGAACUCUAAAACGCUUCGAGACUAUUCAACAAACACAGGUGGAAACCAAGAUGAAAACGACCACCACGUCGACAAAAACGACGUCAUCUGAUUUCAAAUCUACAACCCGGACGACACUGGUGACUACAAAACCGACACCCCCCAGGCCACGCGUUUUCAAAACGAUAAGGAAAUAUGUCACGACACAAAUUCCGACUACAGAAAAUCAAACAAGAAAAGUGAUGUCACCUUGGCCGCAUUCGGCAGACCAGUCAUUUUUUGGUUUGGCCAAUAAUGCACCAGUUGGAAAAGAAAAAUCAGAGGUGAUUUGGGCAGAUGUUCCCAAAGCUGUCACAGAAGAGCGAUAUAAUGAACCCGGCGAAAGGAGGCAGUUCUAUUCGCUCAACGCUGAUGACGAAACUCAAAACAUUCUCGAACCCAAAGAAAUAGGUCACCAGAAGCAGAACCUCGCCAAGGAAUGGUUUCAUCAGGCCCACCCUAGUAGGGUUACGUCGACAAAGGAAUACGGCCGAGGGUUCACUUGGAACACAGAAGACGAUGCUGAAACUACUUCAACCAGAAAACAAAUCGCAAAUUUCACGACGACGACAAUACGCCCUUUUUACGUCCCGCUGAAAGAAUUGCCAAGUUUCCUUCCGCUUCCAACUGCAAAUGAAGACGAACCUCACAGCGAAUUUCGGAAGGUUCACGACGUGCUUAUUCCGCUACACGUGACCAGCAAAUUGAAGCGACAAUCGUCCGAAAAAGAUAAUCGGAUCAUAAAAGCUCGACUAAUCCAAUACGCCGCCAAGAAAAUCAGCGCUGCACAAAGAAAUCCGAAUUUUCCAUUACCCAGCCUGCUGAAACGUCACCAAUCAAACCCUGAUCCCAAAAAGCGAUCAGAGCUCCGCACCACAAUACAACUCGCAUCAAAGGAGAAGAACCCUCGAACGAGAUUCCAGGAAAUUCCACUCUUUCGUCCGAUGCUGAAAAUUAAAAAACCGGAACGAAAGACGGAAAAAGAAUUAUUCGGAUACAAAAGUCGUGCAGGCCACUUCGGUCUCUUUGGCGGCGGGCCUCGGGAUCAAGUGACUUCCGCGGACGAAGAAUCCACCAUCAAAAAGACAAGCAUAACUAAAGAAAAACCCAACGAGAACACCACAAGCAAAAGCAAUCCGACCCCCAAGAGUACGACAAAAUCGCCAAACAAAAAACCGACGCCAUUGAAGACUAAGCUUCCGUACAUCGGCACUUUGAAGAUGGAAAAAAUUCCGAACAUACCAACAGUGAUUAAACCUCUUACGAAGUCCCUGAGGCUUCUGCAGGGCGGAAACAGUGGCCUUAUGUUGAACUUGAAAGACCUGAUCCCACAGGCAAACUCCAACAAACCUACCAAAAAACCCUCGGGAAUCACGCGUAAAAUACCUCAGGAGAAACGAACCACGAAAACCACGGAGGAGCCCAUUACUAAGACAGAUAAUCCCACAACACCAUCAUCAACGAUUCAACCCAUCAGGAAAAGCACACCUCGACCAGCAGUGACCAAAAAAAUGCCCGACCCUAUUCGUACUACGGCAAUAACUGUUCAAAAAAUCACGACAAAAACAACUCCAACUUCAACGAUUAAAACUACAAAGAUCAGCAAGCUUCCAUUACCGCAGACUAGAAGUACAACUUUAAACCCAAGAGAAGACUUGCAGGCAAAAAGCAAAUCCUGGCUAACAUUAGCACCGUUACCCAGCGUGAAAGAAGACCAUCCGCUGCUCAGAAGCCAGAAUUCCGGUCAGCUUCCGCCAACGAAACAAGUAACGGAGGCUAGUAGCAUAGUUUUACGUGCAACGACGAAAAAGAAAGACGAGAAAACGACGCAAAAACGCAAAACAAAUCCCACGACAUUCGCACCCCAACAUCCCAAGUCGUCCAGACACGGGAAAGGACCAACCACGGAAAAAUAUGGCCUAAAGAUCAUGUUUGAAACACGAGCGGCCUAUCAAAAAAGGACUUUGGAACAAAACAAGACUGCUAAAAUCAACAAACAACCUGGGCUUCCCAUCACGCAAAAAACAGAGUGGGUCGCGAGCGAGUCGAUCCCUACAAACAAUCUAGAAGGAACAUCGUUUUUCAUUCCCGAAAUCCGGACGUUCAAAAGAAGCCAUCCUCGCGAACUGAAAAACUCAAUCUUUACGAAACGUUCAAUCGAAGAUUCCCCAUCACUGAUGACGAUUCUCCAAAUGCUCAAAGAAAUUCCCAGCACUAAACAAAUCACACUGAACGAUGCUCGCGAAUUUGACACAUUGCAACUAACACCAGUACAAGUUGUGACUAGCAUCUCUCCUGGUCCUAGCGAAGAUAGCUUCACAUCGACCAGAAUGAUUCGUCAAGCAGUGAACUACGAUGAUGACACGUUGGAUCAACCCGCACUUGAGCGAAAUUAUUCCAGAUUGGUGAAUCCAUUCAAGCACCGCAAACGGCAACAGAGACCAUCCCGAUUACAGAUGCGCCCACGAUGGAAGAGCAAGUACCUCGAGUACGACGAAAACGAUUGGGUAGUACCGCGAAAGAUGCACCCGAGCAAUGUGCGACGGAACCCUUUCAUCAACAGGGUUCUACGACAUCGCAUGAGAACCAAACAUCCGACUCCAUAUCCUUCAGGAUAGAGAUACUGUACUUAAAUAUGGAAACAAUCGUAAGAACUGAUGGGACACUAGAUGCACUACAUUCGGAAAGCAUCACGAAUCCUUCCAACCGACGCACACAUUCGAAUUUCAAAACCGAAGACAUGCGACGUAUGACUCACCUUCACAAGUCGGUGAUUUCGUGGAUAACUUCCCAUGCGCAAAUUGCUCACUUCCACCUCAUCUGAAAGAUACAAUCGCGGUGAAAGCGACGAUUACCUGGAAAAUAAAUAUAUCAUGAAAGGUU